UUCCGCUUCACACAAGGCCAUCGCUGUCAGCGCCAUUCAUCAACUCACUCGCUGAUUUAAACCGCCAAGAUGGUUCUCGCGAUCGACCUUCUCAACCCCACACCUCAGGCUGAGGCCCGCAAGCACAAGCUUAAGACCCUUGUGCCCCAGCCCCGCUCCUUCUUCAUGGACGUCAAGUGCCCCGGUUGCUUCACCAUCACCACCGUCUUCUCCCACGCCCAGACCGUUGUCAUCUGCGCCGGCUGCUCCACCGUUCUGUGCCAGCCUACCGGUGGCAAGGCCCGUCUGACCGAGGGCUGCUCGUUCCGCCGCAAGUAAACGAGACGCUAAAUAACUUCUUUCUUAUUUUGUCUUGUUGAAACGCACAGUGGGGAAAUAGCAUGGAGCAAUUAGGAUGAAAAUACCAACUGGGUUUUUGACCUUGCACUACUUCGGUUCGGUUCGACGAGGGAAACCGCCGUUCAAAAUGUCACAUACCAAAUCAACUUCUUUCCGGUUCUCGAC